AUGCGCCGCAGCGCACCGCCAGCCGAAAGCGAACAGACCGCACGCGUGGCACCCGGAGAAGCCGAGCACAAACUGCCCCCAGACGACACCCGCGGCCUGGACACCCUGCCCCCCGCCGACGACGUUCCACUUCAGCCUGCCCGCCCCGCGCCUGACUCCGCUCCACCGGCCGUUGAAAUCGAGUCUGGCAUCGAUGUGCGCCCGGACAUAUCGAAUAUUUUGCAUGAUUCGGAGUUGAACGGCAACGCAGUCGCGUCGCCCCCGUCCCCAAUACCGCGAUCUAUCUUGACUAGUUCGGUCAAAUCUCCCUCGCCGAAGCGCAACUCGGUGCGUCGCGCUGUCGUUAUAGACCCCAACCCAGAGCGAACCGCGCAAAGAGAAAGUAACCCAAACAUGUCGGCCAUGUCGUUCAAGAGCAGUGAAAGUGACGCAGACUCCUUUCAUACGGCGGAGGAGGUCGCGGAUGACCCUCGGGAUAACUCAGAAUUGGACAUGGUUGAAGUCGCUAUUGAUGAUCCUGCGCUACCGGAAACCCCUGCUGUUGACCAUGGAAGUGACGCGAGUGAUGAUUUCGUCAGCUCGCGAGCCAUUCCGGAGGAGCAGCCCGUUGGCUCUGACGAAAAGGAGAUCAAUGAAUCUUCUGUCAUAUCCACGCAAGGAAAUGCAACUGCUACCGAAACACCUUUGCAACAGGACCCGGCUAAAGUCGAGGGUCAAGCACGUGCUGGGUCAUCCAACGAAGCAAUUCCAACUAUGUCAAUGUUGCAACUUUCUCCAGAGCAUUCAUUCACAUCACUCCCUUCAGAAAAUCUGGAGGACUCGGUCUCGGCGAGGCGUACACCAGCGAGAGAACAUUCGCGACAAGGUCCAUUUGCGCCGUUCGAAGAGUACCCACUACCUUCGGACAUCGUAACACUGCGGUCCGCAGAUAGUGAAACACCUUUGAAGUGCGAAGACUGUGAGAGAUGGCGCGGUAGGGUAGAAGAGUUGCAAACUAAGGUCGAACGACUCACCGCAGCGCUUGCCGCUCGAGAUAUGGAGUGCGCGUCAUUAAGAGCUAAGCAUGCUGGCAAGCUUCGCGAACCAAAUAGGGCUGAGUCGAGAUUGAUCCAGGAACGCAACUCUCUGCGAGUGACAACAGAAUUCUUGUAUCGGAAGUUAGAGCGGUAUGAGCGGGACGCUCAUAUUGGAAUAGGCGAUGUACAUUAG